GAAGAUGAUAGCACGAUUUUCAAAUCAGCUGUCGUUUUUUGCCCUUUUCAAAACAAAGCAAAAAAAUCAUUUUAAAAAUGAUUCGUUCAAUUUUCCAAAAUCAACUACGUUCAAUUCAUACAAGUCGAUUAUUAUGGAAAGCUGAAGAUAAACGGAUUAUGUUGAAAUCAAUGCCGAAAAAAGAUGAAGGUGCACAUGGUGAACGUUCGAUAGAAGUGGAAACAACUGGAUUUAAUCGUAUUUGUGAAUUUCCUGCUGUUGAUACACCGGAACGAUUGUUCGAUAAUAUUCCGUUCAAAUUAUUGCCCAUCAUACAUAUUAAAUCAACCAAGAAUAAUACAUUGUUUCAGCUAACCACUCAUGAUGGUACGCCAAUUACCGGUAGAGCUUGUGGUAGUGAAGGUUUUAAAAACUGUCGUAAAGGUACAAAUAUUGCUGCCCAAGUAACGGGAACAUCAUUUGGAAAAAUUAUUCUAAAAAUGGGAUAUAAAACCUGUCGUGUAUGUAUCAAUGGUCUUGGUCCUGGUCGUAUGUCAUCAUUCAAAGGACUACAAUUGGCCGGUAUUGAUAUUGUUUCCAUAACCGAUUCAACAUACAUUGUUGAUUAUCCGAAAGCCAGACCACCGGCAGCAAGAAGUUUAUAAAUUUUGAAUUUAAAAGCAAAAUUUUAUUUUGUUUAAUUAAUUAAUUAAUUUGUCAAUGUAAUUACAUCAUUAUCGUUAAUAAAUUUUCUCUUUGCGAGUAUUUUGUCUAA